CGACGACACAGUGCUUUCGCGACAUCUCCUCUCGCGCGGCUAGGGCACGCGACCUCCCACCUCCGGCCGUCUCUUCUCAAGAUCGGAGAGGAUGAAGGACAGCAUAUUCUCGUCCAAAGGCCUCGCGCUCGCGUCCAUCUCCGUCGUCGGAGGCUACGGCGGCGACGGCGCAGGCACUGGUUUCCUCAUCCAUCGUAACCUCCUCCUCACAACGCAUGCCUGUCUCCCUUCUACUGCGGUGGCUGAGGAGACCGAGAUCCAACUCUUCCGUGGCUGCACUGUUGGCCGCCUCGUCCCUCAGAGUUAUCUUCAUCGUGUUGGUCGUACUGCUCGAGCUGGGCGCGAAGGAUAUGCUGUUACAUUUCUCACAGAUGAUGAUAGAUCUCUAUUAAAGGCCAUUGUUGAGUUGUUUGGUACCACAUGCAACUUGCAGGAUGUUGUUUGAGUUGCUUGUUCUAACAGGAGCUCAAGUGGGGAUGGACUGGACUACUAUACUGAAGAAGAGGAAUGAAUUCAGGGUGGCAUUUGUUGAAUUUGAUGCAGAGUCUGUCUCCAAGUUCACAGAGAAGCAGAUGGUUUCCAU